GUUUGUAUUUUACAAUGUAAACAAGAGUCAGAAUGUAAGAGAUAGUGCGCAUCUCAUCCAGACAGAUUUGAGUAUAAGCAGCAGUACAAAACGGCAACAUGAACAAACUUCUAGCUGUCAUAAGUUUAACAGCAUUUCUCUGUUAUGGUGUGCAGAGUUCUGCCUUAUCAGAAAGAGAGUUAAAACGGCAAAUCAUCAACUCUGGGAUUGCGGUGUUUAUAGACAUACUGGAAAAAGUCAAAAAUGUUACAGAGGAAAUAGUAAGAGAAAAUCAGUUUAAAAAAUCCAGGAUUGCGGUCCAAGAGCACUGGAAAGACUUAAGACAGACUGUUAAACAAAUCAAUGAUAUUGACAAAGAGAAAGAGGGUUUACAACACCUAAAGCUUUCGUUGUCUGCGGGUAGAACAUCCGUAACAAUGACCAGAGAGAUCACUGAGAAACUUAUUCGCCCAUACAUACACAUUUAUGAUGAAACGUUUAAAAGCGAGACCAUGGCUGGCAUCUGGAGAGAUGUGGAGUCAGAGUAUCUUCAAGGAGCCCCACCGAUAUCCAAUAAACCCUUGAAUCUCUUGAGUUACCUUCUAGCCAAGACGAUUGUAAAAUCUGGGAUGGUGGAUGCCGUCAAAGGUGGAGUAAAUAUUGUUUUAGAAGUUGGAAAAAUCGAUCUUAUCCAAUUUCAUGAGGAAUUGGAGCUGCUUAUGAAUCAGGUUGGAGAGAAGGCUGCUGACAUUUCAACCUUAGAAAGGCAAAAAGAGGAAAAUGAUUUUCUUGUAUCAUUAAGAACUGCAUCCGGAUUGAUUGUCUUUUACUGGGAUCAGAUUUUGGAACACACAGAAAGUUUGUCAUUCCAUAAGAAAUACUUAGACUCUAGGAAGCGAUGGGUGGAGCUAACGCAGUUGAAAAAUUCAAGUGAAAAGUAUCAUGUGCUUAUAAACCCCAAAACAAAGCAUGAAAUUUUGGAAUGGACUGACAGAACAUUUGGUAAAUUAUUUGAAGCCAUGGCCCUGAAAUAUUAUAAACAUGGAAAUGAACUGUUUGGUCACGACAGAUUUAAUCAAUCUAACUGGGCCUUUGACAAGAUCGCUACUGUUUAUGGUCUCCCCGUUUAUGAAAAACUGACUGAAAGUGGUUUUGGGAUUUCAGAGCUCAACAGACUUCUUCACAGAAUAAACACUGCAAUUAUCAUUCUGGAAGGCAAUGAACGUUAUUCAAGCCAGACCUUUACAGAACAAGUUAUUCAUAACCUUCUGUCAAUAAUUAGUUUACUUAUUGAACAUGAGAAAGAAAAAGGCACAGACGAUGACAUAUUACUGCCUAUGAAAGUGAUCAAGAGAAUGAUAUUUGAACUCUGGGACUUUUUUCUACCCAAGUUUCACUAUGAACCCCAGGAAUCAGAAAGAGAAUGGAAUCAUAUGAGGAAAAUCUUUAUUAAUGAGUUAAUAAAAAGUGGAGAAUUUACUGAAGAGGAACUUAAAGAAGCACCAAUGAACUUUGUCAAUGCCACUCGUGGGAUACUAGAAAUGUUGAACUUUGGUGACUUGGCUGAAGGGUUCAGUGAAAGGAUCGAUGCAUCGGCAUUAGCCUUUAAAGAAAUGAUUCAUUAUAUAAAUAUGAAACUUAUGGAAACAGAGGACCAUCGGCAAAAGUCAUUUUUUUAGUAACAGCAUUUAUCAUAUGAUCAUUGAGAGUGGUUUUCUCAAAUUAAGAAUAUAAGUAUAAUUAAUGUUAAAUAAAAACUAAUAAAAACUGCUUUACUCUUCCAUAAAAGAAAAACAUUACAGAAAAUGUUUUAAGCUGAAUGUACUUAAUAUAGUGUUCAUAUACAUUAAAUAUUGCUGAAAUAAAACUGUGUUGUGUAGUAAAACGAGCUAAAUGGCAGAUUGCUGACAUUAAAUGCUUUUAUUAGACAACAUAAAAACCCCUUUGAUA